ACAAUAUUUCAAUUUCAUAAUAUUGACUGGCAGUUGAUAGUUCUUACUACUUAAGUGUAUACACAGCACUUGAUUAGUCAGUCUGAAAGGUAGUGUGGAUUGCGCGUGGAAAUCAUUGUCUCAUUAAGAACUUCGAACAUUCAGAAGUGAGUUUAAUUAAGCCGGUUCAAGAUUCAUUAUUCCACAAAUUCAGCAAGCGAAAUGGAGGAUGGUUACACAGAAAAGGCCACGCAUGGUAGCAUGCAUCGGACCAGGACUGCUACCAUCCUCAGUGCAAUAUCAGCAAGAUUCUGGAGAAAGAACAGCAGUACUGUUAUCUUGUCCAGACGGUUAGGGCUUGGUAGCACGGUAUCUUUACUCCUUGGUAUCAUGAUCGGUACUGGUAUAUUUAUAUCACCACGAGGAGUUCUGGCGUACAGUGGAAGCUUUGGGGCCAGCCUCAUAGUCUGGUUUCUAUGUGGUGUUAUUGCCACGAUAGGUUCCCUCAUCUUUUCCGAGCUUGCGUUGAUGUUUCCUAAGUCUGGUGGUGAUCACACAUAUCUACAUGAGACAUAUGGGAACGUGCUAGCUUUCCUACACGGCUGGGGUGCAUUACUAGUACUCAAACCAAUGAGCUUAGCCAUCUCGAGUAUAGUAAUGGGUGAAUACAUCUUCUACCCAUACUUCAGCGAUACUUUGUGCUACCGAGAUGACACAAUGGUCAGGUUGCAUGCUGCUACAUUUAUCAUAUUCCUGAUGCUAGUCCAUGGUUCAGGUUUGAAGCUCAUUUCAAAACUCCAGGUGAUUUUUACCGGCCUCAAUGUCUUUACACUGCUCCUCAUCAUCCUCAACGGCAUGAUCAACAUCUCAUUGGGGUACACGCACUACUUGAAUGUGAGUUCAUCUUUCGAGGGCACCAACAAAAAUGUCUUCUCGUUUGGGAUGGCCUUCUUUUCAGGAAUGUUUGCUUAUGAAGGAUGGAACACUUUAACAUAUACCAUGGAAGAAAUGAAAGAACCUGCGAAAACUCUGCCCAGAGCUAUAAUGAUUGCCAUGCCAACCAUUACAGUGCUGUAUGUCUUGGUCAAUGUCUCCUAUUACACCGUACUCAGUCCAGAAGACGUCCUUGACGCCGAAGCUUUAGCAACGUCAUUCUCUAGACACACAACCCGUAGUACAAGUCUUCUGCAAAGCCUUUUACCAUUUCUUGUAUGUUGUGCUGCUUUUGGGUCUGCUAAUGGUAUUUGUUAUACAUACUCUAGAAUGGCUGUAGCUCUUGGUCGAGAGGGCCACAUGCCACAGAUUAUAGGUAUGGUGAAUCCGGAUACCAUGUCUCCAAACUUUUCACUUUUCCUCAUGGGCUUCAUCUCAAUCAUGACUCUGUUGCUCCCGGUCAGUUUAGAACACAUGAUUGAGUUCUUCAGCUUCGCCAUCUGGCUAUCCUAUUUCCUUAUCUCUAUCAGUGUGCUCAUCUUAAGGUACACCAGACCAGACUUUCAUCGACCUUUCAAGGUCCAUUGGAUACUACCAAUCCUCAUGGCAGCUGCAUCAUUGUUCUUUAUUGUCGCAUCUUUCUUCGCAGCUUUCGGGCCACUUGAACUGUUAAUUGUGUCGAUGGUCAUCGUGGCUGGGCUAAUAGUCUACGUUCCCUUCCUCUAUUACAAGUACCAGCCACCUUUCAUGGACAAAAUCACCAUCUGGGUCCAGCUCUUCCUAUUCAUCGUCAACACGGAAUACAAGCCUCCAGAGAACUUCCCUAUCUACGACGAUGGCAGUGAAAACGACAGCAACAUGUAACUCGUCGCCGAUCUUUAUAAACUAAAUUAAUCAUUAUCUAUAUUUUCUUGGUCAUUAUUCAGUUUCAAUAUUCAGUUUAGUGCUUCAUAUUUCACAUAUAUUUCACAUUUUUGCAAUAAUUUCAAGAGGUAAAUGUUACAAAUAAACGCUGGAUCUAACUACAGACUCAAAAACAGAAAGUGAGUACGUCAUAUCGAUUGUUCGAAUGCAUUAAAUUAAAAAACUGAACUAAAAUAAAGAAGAUUGAAAUAUGGAGGGCCUAUGAUGAAAUAUAUGCUUGUGAGUUAUAAGGCCCCACAGGGUAGUUAUUUUUCAAUAAAAGUGUCAAAAUUAAAGAAAAUGAGAAAUAAAUGUUGAUCACAGUAUAGUAUUCGUAUUCUAAAAUAGGGAGUUCAAUUUUAUCAUAAUAAUAAAACAUAUUUACAUCAUUUGAAUAUAUUUGCAUCACACCCGUACAAACUUGCACUUCCUGUACACAUUUGCAUUUAAUAUGCUUAUGCAACUACUUCUAAAUAAACAUCGGAAAAAAUGACAAUAACUGGACUGCAAUGUUAGUCUUCCGAUGUUUAAAAAACACAAAACAUUAGGGAAACAAACAAAAAAA